AUGUUGAACAAACAGUGGCCCAGCCUCUCACAACCACUACCUGAUCACUGUCACCAUCAGCAGCUGUGCUGCAAAGCAGUUCUGACCAUCAUCGCUUGUUUUUGGGCUGUAUCUUCCAGCAAUGUUGACUCCCGAGCAGUGAUCGGCAUGAUCUGGUCCGACUUGGUCCCGGUCCGGUCUGAGGAUUUCUCGAAACCAUGGUCGGACCGGUUGGUCGGACCGGUCCGACCAUUAACCCAUGGCUCUCAAGAGAGAUAUCUUAAUGCCAAUUUAUUCUGUCUAUCAUCGGGACAGGUUGAGGGUUGA